AAUAACUCAAACCCUAAUAACUCAAACACUGUGGAACAUUGCAGAGUGGAACAUUGUGUGAGAGGACCAACCACACGAACACGAGAUGGGAAGCAGACUGGGAAAAAGGGUAGUGAACUUCGCAAACCUACCAAUCAAGCUCUUGAUGCCGAGUUCCUUCACAAACAUCACAGAAAUCGCCCUGAAAACCAUCCCAUCCGCCUCCAAGAUCGAGAUCAAGCGCGUCCUGGAAUCCCUCUACGGCUUCGAGGUCGAAAAGGUGCAAACUCUCAACAGAGACGGAAAGAAGAAGAAGAUUGGUGGCUUAUUGAUCGCAAAACCUGACUACAAGAAAGCCUAUGUUACCCUCAAGAACCCGCUCUCCAUCGACCCCAACCUCUACCCGAUCCGAAUCAUCGAGGAGGAUAGGAGGAAUCUCAACAAGCAGGCUAAGUCCAGCGUCGUCGAGGAAGCGCCGAAUAAGACGCACUGGCUUGAUCACAAGAAGGAUGAGAAGAAGGCUCAGCCACACAGGCCCUAUCACGGUGCCAACCGCGAUACCCCGAGGGAGAGUCAGCGGUCCAGGCCACAAUACGGUUCCAACCGCCGUGCUGAUGCUGCUCCUGCUGCCAAGUUUCCCUGGACCAGCAUGAGGUCUGCCAGAGGUGCUACUAGAUAGUUUUGUUGUUAGCUUCUUUGUCACAUUUUAGCAUGGAAAUGGUGUUAUUGGUUUUGCUGGAUUCUGUUCAUUGGUGAUGAUGACUGUGGCAAUGGAAAUAAUUUUUUGACUU